AUGACGACCCUCGCCUUCCUCUACAACCUUCGGACCCCCCACAGCGAGAUGUGCGCGUUUGGAAGUCCAAAUUUUUAUCGGGCAUCGCCCCGUUUGGCCGCGUCCAAGGACUACAACACCCGCCUCGUCUCGGACGAUGCCGCGAACGUCGACAUGCUCAGCGACUUUUUCUCGGUCAUCGAGGCCGACGCCAAUGAUGCCGGCGCCGUCGACGAUGUCGCCGACCUCUUUGGUGCGCUCGCCGACGACGACAUGUCGGUGCUCAUGGCCAGCCUCGAUGCCGAGUCGAAUGACGCGGCGGUUGUCGAUGAGAUCGCCGGCAUCUUUGACGACCUCGAAGACGUGGCUGCGGUCCAAGCGGCCGAGGACGCGGCGGUCGUCGAUGAGAUUUCGAGCAUGUUUGAUGACCUCGAAGCGGACGCGGCGGCGGCCAACGUGCAAGACGAAGCCGACGCCUUCCACGUCGACGACAUUGCCGACCUGUUUACGUGCUUGGCGGCGCCGGCUCCGUCAGCGCCGGUCGCAGACCCGCGGGUGCCUGUGCUGGACGCGCGGCUGCCGCGCCUCGACAGCCGCAUCCCGCAGCUGGCGCCGCGGUCACUUCCGGUGCUCGGUGGCUUUGUGUGCGGCCCGCCUGUCUUUCAGAAGACGGAGCUGACGCGCGAGGACCGCGUUGCCCGCUGGAAGGACAAGCGGAAACACCGUGCGCUGCCCAAGGACAAGCCCGUCUUCGAGUCGCGUCAGCAAGUCGCCGCCAAGCGCCGCCGUAUCAACGGACGCUUUGCCGGCCUCGAAACGACGUUCAUCUCGAUCUCGACGCUCCAGAACUAG